ACACAGUCAAAAGACAGACAUCAAAUUUAAUUUCGAAUUUUGAAAUCCUUCCUCAUCAUCCCAUUGUAUUGUAAUCCACAGUAAAUGCUUUCAACUCUUGGAGAAAGGAUCUGAUUGGAUCUUUUUUUGUUUGUUUCUGUUUCCCUCUGUCACCCCAGUAAAAGCAAAAAGCAACAUCACAUACUCUGAAGAAAGAGAGAACCCUAGAAAUCUUUCCUUCUUCUUCUUCACCAUUGUUGAUGGGUGAGAAAGCUUCUUCAUACUUCAUUUCUUUACUUUUAGCGAGAGAAAUAACUGAUGAAGAAAAUUAAAGCUCUUUCCUUUUUCCCUUCUGGAUCUUGAGAUUUAUAUAGCUUGAUACUAAAGCUACAUAAAAAAAAAAAACCAUUUAGUGAAACGAAAGUUUGUGUUUUUGAUAAGUUUUCAGAGAUUUUCGGUUGCAUGUUGUUACCUUACUCUCUAAGUUUAUAUCUUUUAAAGUCUAUCGAGAACCCUUUUAGAUUCUGAUUUUGUUCUCUUCUUAUCCCUUUCUGAAGAAUUUUUUUUUAAUUUCUCCCUUCCCCUAUUAGUUAGCCAUUAGCCACAAAGUUCGAACCUUUUAUCGAAUUGCACAUCCUUUUACUAAGUUAAAGUCAGAGUCUUUUUGCUAAGCUAUGGAUCGAAGAGAAGCAAUGGCGUUAUCCGGGUCGGGUUCUUACUAUAUCCAAAGAGGAAUACCCGGUUCAGGUCCUCCUCCUGCUCCUCAAACUCAACCUACGUUUCACGGAUCACAAGGAUUUCAUCAUUUCACCAAUUCCAACUCUCCUUUUGGGUCAAACCCUGGAGGUGUCUCUACUGGAUUCGUGCCUCCUCCUUUACCCGUUGAGUCUUCUCCGGCUGAUUCUUCAGCGGCGGCGGGAGCUGUGGUUGUUCCUCCUUCAGGUGACACGUCUCUGAAGCGGAAGAGAGGACGGCCUAGAAAAUAUGGACAAGAUGGUUCUGUUUCGUUGGCAUUGUCUCCUUCUGUCUCCAACGUUUCCCCAAACUCUAACAAACGUGGCCGUGGAAGACCUCCUGGCUCCGGCAAGAAGCAACGGCUAUCUUCCAUUGGUGAAAUGAUGCCUUCAUCGUCUGGAAUGAGCUUCACCCCGCACGUAAUCGUAGUUUCCAUUGGUGAAGACAUUGCAUCAAAGGUUAUAUCCUUUUCGCAUCAAGGUCCACGAGCGAUAUGUGUCUUAUCCGCAAGUGGAGCUGUCUCUACUGCAACUCUUCUUCAGCCAGCACCAUCUCAUGGAACUAUUACUUACGAGGGUCUAUUCGAGCUCAUAUCACUCUCAACUUCUUAUCUGAACACAACUGACAAUGACUACCCAAACCGCACUGGAAGUCUAGCGGUCUCACUUGCUAGCUCCGAUGGUCGUGUCAUUGGUGGUGGAAUUGGAGGUCCUCUAAUAGCAGCAAGCCAAGUCCAGGUCAUCGUUGGGAGCUUCAUUUGGGCGAUUCCGAAAGGAAAGAUUAAAAAACGAGAAGAAACUUCUGAAGAUGUCCAAGAUACCGCUGCUUUGGACAACAACGAUAACACAGCAGCAACGUCACCUCCUGUUCCUCAGCAAAGUCAGAACCUUGUUCAGACUCCUGUAGGCAUUUGGUCAACUGGUUCAAGGUCAAUGGAUAUGCAUCACCCCCAUAUGGACAUUGAUCUAAUGCGUGGAUGAUUCAUGUAUAUAUAAGCAUUGAAUCUAGGAGAAGAAGAAGAAGAAGAAGAUAUUAAACUUGAGCUAACCUCCCUGAAAAAAAUAGUCUAUUGGUAAUGUUUAGGAAAGAAGACAAUUAGUAAUUUUAGGAAUUGCUGCGUGUUUCGAGCUUUCAAUUAGUUGAUUUGGUCUCUUGACUUUGAUAAAUGGGAAAAAAAUUUGCUUGUUUCUUA